AUGGGUCAGGCUAGUUCCAGUAGACCACCACCUCCACAGUUUCAACAACAACCCACUGAUAGGACAUCAAAACUGGAAGAAACUCUUCAACAAUUCAUGCAAAUGUCCUUAUCAAAUCAAAAGAGCACAGAUGCUUCUAUAAGGAAUUUAGAAGUUCAAAUGGGUCAGUUGGCCAAGAAAUUAGAAGAGAAGCCUGUGAAUACAUUUAGAGCUAACACUGAACCAAAUCCAAUAGAGCAUUGCAAAGCUAUAACUACAAGGAGUGGUAAAGUGUUAGAAAGUGUAGUUGUGAGGAAGGAGGGUGAAAAUGAAAAAUCAAGUGAAGAGCAUGAAAAAAAAGAAGAGAAAAAGGAUAAGGAGAGACAAAUGGAUCGGUUCAAGAAAAUAUUUAAUGAACUUGAGAUUACUUUGCCCUUGACUGAAGCAUUGCAACAAAUCCCUGCUUAUGCAAAAUAUGUGAAGAAAUUCCUCAGUAAAAAGAAGAAGUAUUUAGAUAAGGAAACAAUUGAAGUGCAGGGAAAUUGUAGUGCAAUUAUGCAGAAAUCUUUACCUCCAAAAGUCAAAGAUCCAGGGAGUUUCACUAUUCCCUGCACCAUUGGAAAUCAUAAUAUAGGGAAGGCUCUUGUUGACUUAGGGGCUAGCAUCAAUUUGAUGCCCUUAUCUAUGCUUAAAAAGAUUGGUAACCUUGAAGUCAAGUCAACAAGAAUGAUAUUGCAAAUGGCAGAUAGGUCCAUUAAGCAUCCCUACGGUGUAGUGGAAGAUGUUGUGAUUAAAGUUGAUAAACUGAAAUUCCCUGUUGAUUUUGUAGUAAUGGAAAUGGAGGAGGGUGUUGAUAUACCUCUCAUUCUUGGAAGACCUUUCAUGAAGACAGCUAAGGUUGUUAUUCAUGUUGAUGAUGGAACUGUUAAAUUAAAAGACCAAGAUGAAGAGGUGACAUUCAAUGUCUUUGAAUAUGUGAAGCAAAGUCAAGAGGAAAAGACUAGUUACAAAGUGAAAUAUGAAGUUUUAGCAGUGACUAGUCUUCCAAGGCAAGUUGUCAAGUUAACCAAAAAGAACCUUAAUUGUUUCAAUCCAAAAGUGAAGGAAAGAGAUGAAGAUAAGGAGGAGCAAAGAGUUCACCAAGAAUCUGAUGUGAAAAAUGAUGAACUAAAACCUGGCAAACCUGUCAGUCAUAAGAACAGGUUAUGGGUCAUCAAGGACAUAAAGGUAAAUGGAGUUCUUGAAAUUGAGGCUCCAUAUUCAAGAAGAAUUAAGUUGGUGACAAGAAAGUUACUCAGAAAAUGUUGGUGUCAUGAAAGGAAGAAGCACACCAACAUCAAGAAUCCAACUUAA